AUGGCACGCAUCAGGAAAACACCCGAGCCUCAAAUAGUCUCACGCCCUGACAUACCAACGACAACCACCCUAACAGCAGCAGCAGCAGCAGCACCCAAGACCCCCACCGCCACCACCACAACAAGGCCGAACAAAUGCCCCAAACCCCUCUACUUCUGGCGCGAAACCCACGUCUCCACGGGCUACCUGUCGCAGUGGUACGACGCGGUCCCCUUCUGCGACCCGCGUGACCCGGUCCGCAAGACGUACCGGUCCGCGGAGCACUACAUGAUGCACCACAAGGCGCUGCUCUUCGGCGACGUGGAGAUGGCGGAGCUGAUCCUGCGGUCGGGGAACCCGCGGCGGGCCAAGGAGCUGGGGCGAGCGGUGCGGGGGUUCGAGGAGGCGGCGUGGGAGGCGGAGCGCAUGGGGAUCGUGCGGCGGGGUACCAGGUGCAAGUUCGCGUGUCCCGUGGGGGACGAAGGCGGGGCGAGCGACGGGGGAGGGGGGGAGGAGGAGAAGAACAACAAGAAGAAGAAAUGGAGGUUGGGUGUCAGGCCGGAUGCCGUAGAGGUCGAGGCCUCGGGUUUUAGGGAGGUCUUGUUGGGGACAGGGAAUCGCGAGCUGGUGGAGGCGAGCCCUUAUGAUCGGAUCUGGGGCGUGGGGUUCAGGGAGGAGGACGCAGAGCGGAACCGGGAGAGCUGGGGUGCCAAUUUGUUGGGUAAGGCCUUGAUGGAGGUUAGGGAGGAGUUUCGCAAGGAGGAAGACGAGCGAGCAAGACGAGAGGGCGGUGAGACGGAUAGUCAGAUAUAG